AUGGAACAACAGGCACCGAUAACAAAGUCUCUGUAUAGACUAUGCGUCGAGAAUCCACGCUUCUUUGUUCAACCUAUUUUCUGGACCUCAAAGCACCUUCAAGUAUUGCACUGCCAUUUCGAGCACCUUGACUCCUCCAGUGCCCCUCCGCCAUUCCCGCUGCCGCCUGCUCCUCCGUCCGCCAGCCACGGUGGACCAGACCUCACACAGGAUCUCAUCCACUCGAUUUUGAAUGUCCAAUAUGCCCACACUAAGUUCGCCUCCUUCGCGCAGCUGAUGCAUCCUUAUGGCGUGAUCUCCUGCCUACGUCGAACUCCCUUCUUCUAUAACGGACUCUGGCUUCAUAUGCCCACAUGCAAGGUUUUCGAAUCGGACGACGUACACAAAUUUGAGCAGAAGCCCGUUAUUGGGUGCUUUCAUUACGAUGUACUUAUCAAGCAGCGAGAACAAGCCCGAGUGCCCAAAAGUCAUCCCGUUCCUGGCGCCUCCAAUCUUCCCGUUGAGAGACUCUACCAGCGCAAAUUGCGAAAGCUGACUCCGGCGCUGUGA